AUGCGGUAUUGCAUGAACAGAAGCAGCCGCUACCACGAAGCGGCGACGUCUGUACUGGACGCACGCGAACCCAGUACAUCCACAGCACAUGGAGACUAUUCAGCUGUCGCGAACAAUCGCGAUUCUAGCGCUGUAGAGGAAGGCGAUGAGUUGGGGAAUCGCUCAAAAUGUGAUAGUAAAUGGCCUGUAUUAUACACGUUACGACAUUAUUAUUGUAAAGGUUCUAACACGAUUGACGACCGCGUUACUGCUGACGGUGGUGCUGAACCAAGUGCUACUGAUCUCAAUGCUGCUGCCCACGGUGGCGCCGCUCCGGACAGCAUAGUCGAAGUGCAAGAGGACGAGUCCGAGUCUGCUGUCGCCGCUACAGGACCUAAAGAAUAA